AUGAAGCACCUGUCUGAGUUUAGAGAGGAAGACCACAGGGCUACAGGUACACACACUGGGCUACAGGUACCUCAACACACUGGGCUACAGGUACACAUACAGGGCUACAGGUACCUCAACACACUGGGCUACAGGUACCUCAACACACUGGGCUACAGGUACCUCAACACACUGGGCUACAGGUACCUCAACACACUGGGCUACAGGUACCUCAACACACUGGGCUACAGGUACCUCAACACACUGGGCUACAGGUACACAUACAGGGCUACAGGUACCUCAACACACUGGGCUACAGGUACCUCAACACACUGGGCUACAGGUACCUCAACACACUGGGCUACAGGUACCUCAACACACUGGGCUACAGGUACACAUACAGGGCUACAGGUACCUCAACACACUGGGCUACAGGUACCUCAACACACUGGGCUACAGGUACACAUACAGGGCUACAGGUACCUCAACACACAGGGCUACAGGUACCUCAACACACUGGGCUACAGGUACCUCAACACACUGGGCUACAGGUACCUCAACACACUGGGCUACAGGUACCUCAACACACUGGGCUACAGGUACCUCAACACACUGGGCUACAGGUACCUCAACACACUGGGCUUCAGGUACCUCAACACACUGGGCUACAGGUACCUCAACACACUGGGCUACAGGUACCUCCACACACUGGGCUACAGGUACCUCAACACACUGGGCUACAGGUACCUUAACACACUGGGCUACAGGUACCUCAACACACUGGGCUUCAGGUACCUCAACACACUGGGCUACAGGUACACACACACACUGGGCUACAGGUACCUCAACACACUGGGCUACAGGUACCUCAACACACUGGGCUACAGGUACACACACACACUGGGCUACAGGUACCUCAACACACUGGGCUACAGGUAUCUCAACACACUGGGCUACAGGUACCUCAACACACUGGGCUACAGGUAUCUCAACACACUGGGCUUCAGGUACCUCAACACACUGGGCUACAGGUACCUCAACACACAUACUGGGCUACAGGUACCUCAACACACUGGGCUACAGGUACCUCCACACACUGGGCUACAGGUACCUCAACACACUGGGCUACAGGUACACACACACAUACUGGGCUACAGGUACACACACACACUGGGCUACAGGUACACACACACACUGGGCUACAGGUAAACACACACACUGGGCUACAGGUACACACACACAUACUGGGCUACAGGUACCUCAACACACAUACUGGGCUACAGGUACCUCAACACACACACUGGGCUACAGGUACACACACACACUGGGCUACAGGUACCUCAACACACACACUGGGCUACAGGUACCUCAACACACACACUGGGCUACAGGUACCUCAACACACACACUGGGCUACAGGUACACACACACAUACUGGGCUACAGGUACACACACACAUACUGGGCUACAGGUACCUCAACACACUGGGCUACAGGUACACACACACAGGGCUACAGGUACCUCAACACACUGGGCUACAGGUACCUCAACACACACACUGGGCUACAGGUACACACACACACUGGGCUACAGGUACACACACACACUGGGCUACAGGUACACACACACACUGGGCUACAGGUACACACACACACAGGGCUACAGGUA